AUGGGGCCUAAGGACACAUUUGUAUCACCCAAGCCAACAACUCAAACUAGAAUGAGUGAAACUGCAGCCAAUCCAUAUCCACCAAUAAAUACUAUGGCUUCUUGGUCUCAACAACCUCCGGGUGUAAUAAACCCAGUAAAUCAAGCUCCAGGCAGUCAGCCUCCUUUCCUCACUUCUCCCGGAAUCUACAGUAGCUUUCAGCAUGACCAAGCAAAUAUACAGAUGGUAAAUUCUGCUACAGGAACAGAGGCAAUCAACUUUAAAGAAGAAGCACAGAUACUAGGGGGCAUCCAGAUCGUGAUUGGAGUGAUGCACAUCGGCUUCGGAGUUAUUUUGGGUCUCAUGAACGACAGUUAUAAAAUGGCUCUUGGUUUUGCUUCCCUUUCUUUUAUUAGUGGAUAUACAUUCUGGGGCGGCAUCUCUUUCAUCAUUUCUGGCUCACUUUCCAUAUCGGCUGCCAAGGUGUUUUCACGUUGCCUGUUGAAAGGCAGCCUGGGAAUGAACGUUGUUAGUGCUGCCUUUGCUGGCAUUGGAAUGAUUCUGUUGGUGGUGGACAUGAGCAUCAAUGGGGCACCCAGACAAGACUAUUGGGCAUUGCUUUCUGGGAAAGGAAUUUCAGCCAUGUUGGUGAUCUUCUCCCUCUUGGAGUUUUGCAUAACUUGUGUUUCAGCCCAUUCUUCCACUCAAGCCAUUGAUACCAACCCGCCUGUUGUGGUUAUUCCAACUAUGUAUGGAAACCCCUCGACAUCAGCACCUUCCUCAGUUCCUCUCACAAAUGAUGGGCAACCAGCUUAUGGCCCCAGAUAUUAA